AGGAGAAAUAGAGAAGGGCAAUGUCUGGGCCAGUGGAGGGGUGACGUGGCGGAGCGCUAGAGAAGCCAGCCUCCCAGCCUCUGCAGAAAUGCAUCCCUACGUGCCCUUCAGAAGUCCAGGGCCUGAGGACCCGGUUGAGGAAGACUCCCUGGGAUGGACUGCUGCAGGCUGAGGUCCCCAGCUCCAAGUCCUGCUCAGCACUGCGCACGUUCACCACAGCAGAGUCGCUCUCCGGGACUGUCGACGGCUCUGAACAACCCCAACGAUGCGGAGCCUGCGCUUGCGCCUGACGGAGGAAGCCGGAACCCGGCGUUGCAUCCUGGCGACUCUGACGCUAACCAUGUGCUUCACAGUGGCGAGAGGUAGUUCAUUAAAAUGGGGCCUGGAAAACGAAGCUUUCAUUGUGGAAUGUCCAAAAACUGAAAGGUCUCGUUACCCUGUGGACUGGUAUAACUUGAAAACAAAUGAAAGCAUUCCUACUGAUAGAAGUAAAAGAGUCUUUGCUUCAGGAGAGCGGCUGAAAUUUCUCCCUGCCAACGUGAGCGAUUCUGGGAUGUAUGCUUGCGUUAUCAGAAGCCCCACCAAGAAUAGGACUGCUUAUGCAAAUGUCACCAUCUACAAACGACCAACAGAUUGCCACCAUCCACGUUAUUUGAUGUACUCAACGAUAUCUGGAUCAGAAACAAAUCCCAAGAUAUCUUGUCCCAAGACCUACCUCUACACGUGGACAGCACCUCUUCAGUGGUUUAAGAACUGCACAGCUCUCCAAGGACCCAGGUACAGGGCGCACCAAUCGUCUUUGUUCAUCGACAACGUGGGGCCUGACGAUGCAGGCCAUUACACAUGUCAACUUACGCACAGCGAAAAUGGAAUCAGCUAUAACGUGACAGCAACCAGGUUAUUCCUUGUUAAAGAUAAACUAGGAGUUUCUGUGUUUCCGGUGAUGCUGACCCCUACACACAACGGAACAAAGGAAGUGGAAAUCGGAAAAGCACUGAAUAUCACCUGUGUGGCUUGUUUUGGGAGCGGGCUGCAGCCCAAGGCUGGUAUCCGGUGGCAGGUGAAUGAAAUCAACAUCGAGAACCUGGAUGGAGCAAGAAUUCAAGAGGAGCGAGAGCAGAGUGAAAGUUCUAGCAGCCAUAUGACUUGUCUCAGCACCGUGUUAAGAAUAACUGAGGUGAAGGAAGAGGAUUUGUCCCUGAAGUUCGACUGUGUGGCCUGGAAUUACCAUGGACUGUUACGGCGUGCUGUUAGGCUGAAAAAGCCAAUUGAUCAUUGGAGCCUCUACUACAUAGCUGCAGGGUGUAGUGUCCUGCUGAUGCUAAUCAAUGUUGUGGUGAUAAUCCUGAAAGUGUUCUGGAUUGAUCUUAGUCUACUCUGGAGAGAUAUAACCACAUCUUACAAAACACUGAAUGAUGGAAAGCUCUAUGACGCAUACGUUGUAUACCCGAGAGACCGUGCAAGAGGUUCCGAGGGGCCCAGCUCUGUGGAGUACUUUGUUCACCAGAUUCUGCCCGAUGUUCUUGAAAACAUGUAUGGAUACAACUUAUGCAUUUAUGGGCGAGAUCUGCUGCCUGGAGAAGAUGCCGCCACUGCGGUGGAAGCCAGCAUCCGAAAGAGUAGGCGGCACCUGAUCAUCCUGGCCCCCCACGUGCCCCACGGCAAGGAGUUCGCCUAUGAGCAGGAGGUGGCUCUGCACUGCGCCCUCAUCCAGAGUGACUCCAAGGUGAUCCUGAUCGAGAUGGAGGCGGAGGGCAAGGCCAGCGGGCUGCAGGCGGAGGGGCUCCAAGAGGCGCUCAGCCACCUGGUGCAAGUGCAGGGCACCAUCAAGUGGAGGGAGGAUCACACGGCCAGCAAGCGGGCCCUGAACUCCAAGUUCUGGAAACAUGUGAGGUACCAAAUGCCAGUGCCCAGCAGAUGCCCCCAGAGAGGCUGCCGGCGAGGCCUCAGGACGCAGGAGCAGCUGUGCCCUUCUACUCUGACCUUUGUCCCUUGUCAUAGGCCUAGCACAAAUGCAGCCAGUUGACUGUGGAUUUACUGUGACAUCUGCACCCAUUAACCACAAGAAGCCUUUUCUCUUGCAAAUUUUAUAGGUCAGAUAUUUUGUGCCAACAACAGAAAAAUGAGUUAUACAUUUUUUACCUAAAAUCAUAAUAAAAAUUGUUGGUGUGUCAUUGAAUUGUUUUUUAACAUUUUAAAAUAUUGACAAUGUUCCACUUCAUACUUGCGUUACUUUGGAUGGAACUGAAAAUGUUAUCAUAAAUAAUUCUGC